CCUAUAUCUAACAAUCUACUGUUAAGCUACUAAGGGUAAAAGUCACCGUGUUUGAAGAUGACUUUUACGGCUGACUUUUCCGCAAAAGUCACCCGAUCCCGCGGGCAUGAGGGGUCUCUCAUUAUUUUAACAUCACAAUACAUCAAACACCUGUGCCAUGAUUAUGUGACGAACGCUGCAGCUAGAAACUCCUCUCUACUCAUAACAAUCGUUCUUGACUUGGAGCCACAUCGCAGGUUGCCUUUGUGACUUGCAUAUACACAUUCAAAUUCCAAAACUUUUGCACGAAAAAGAUGCCAAAAAGCUCACGCGAAAACAUAUUAAAUUUGCCGGGGUGUUCACUAAGGCUGUUCCCUUGCUUCCAAGCCGCGGCCUAGCGGAGCGCCUGGAAUCAAGGGCAGGCCAAAAACGCCAAGGGCGGCACUCACAAGCCAGCCAAGCGUGUUGCCGAUGCCGCAGCUGACAACGAAUGUGAUCCACAACGCACCCCGGACCCCUUCUACGGCCAACAGCAGGGAGAGGAAGGGCAAUCCUCCCAACAACAGCUAUCACAGCAGCAAGAUCCGCAGGCACAGCAGUCACCCCAGGACGCCGCAAUCCCCCAGCAGCAGCAGCAGCGGGAGGCUUUCCGUAUUGGUAGUAACCCUUUUAAGUGGCUUCAGCAGGAGUUCCGUUCCGACGAACCCUGGGCAGACAUGGUGGACUGAGUGAGGACUCCCCGACAGAGACAGGGGCCUAGAGGCACUACCCUUCGUAUUGGCUCUUUCAAUGCGCAGGGCCUGUUGAUGCCCCUGCAUGCUGCUAAGGUUCACGCGGCAGUCAGGGUAUGGGUUGAACUUCGCUUAGACAUAGUUUGUGUUCAGGAGACACACCACUCCAGGCCUGAACAGCAACACCUGUUCGAACGGGAACUUCGUGCAGCGUCUGAACAGCUGCAUGCGGCCGGUUGGGUUGUCGCCUCUUCAGCCCUGGCCCCUACCAGCAGGGCCAAAGGAGUGAUUAUCUUACUGCGUUCGGAUUUGGCUUCCAGUCUUCAAUCCAGUCGAACACCAGCUCAUCUGGUGGUUAGCCAUUCGGAGGCAGGCAGAUUGACGCAGUUCUCCUUUAAGUGGGGUGGUCAUCAACUGCAUCUUCUGAAUGUGUAUUUUCCAACCAGUGCGCAGAAUGCAGCUCGUAAGGAGUUUCUGGAACGUUCUAUUCUCCCGGUGGCAGCGUCAGCAGCUCAGGCUGGGGAUACGUUGCUGGUAGCUGGCGAUUUCAACUUUGUAGCUGAUCCACAGCACGACUCUUCAGCCGGGCCGGGUGGACGGCAGUAUGACGCAGCCAUUGCUAGACUGUUCCAGGAUCGAUGCCAGGAUCUGGUUGAUACUCAUAGAUUCCUCCAUCCUCACAGGAGAGACUUCACUCACCUGUACAGGGCGCCGCACCCUGGCGGGUCUCGUCUGGACAGGGUUUACUCUUCGUCAGCCCUGCUGCCGUUUGUGGCCCAUACCAGUGUUUCGGUCUCCACACCGUCGGAUCAUCGGGUCGCAACAGUGCAGCUGCUGCCACGUGUUAUGGCUGCACGGGGACCAGGGGUUAGACGGGUUCGUACCUUCUUCACAGCUCAUUCCGACCUGAGGCAGAGUAUGGAGGAUUGGAUUGUGCAGGAGACCAGACCGAAGCGAUCUCAUGGCCUGCCCAAAUGGGUGUGUAGCAUGGAGGGGUGACGGUGCGGUGGGGUGGUUGGGUGCGUUUUCGCGGCUGUUUACGAGGGCGGCGUGUGGGAGUCACAUUUGGGAUGGUGAGCUGGCGGCGUAGGGACGUGGAUGUGGACUUCUACAUGGGCGAGCGUAAGGCACAAAUUGUGCCCAUGGGCACGUUGCACCGGCUAGCCAGGCGUCUGUGGCCCUCGGGGGCAAGUUGUGUUGCUGAGGAGGGUCACAAGCGUGUUGGCGACAAGGGCGUAACAGAGGCGUGCACAUAACGAAAAGCGCGUUCCUAUGAAUCAGUUGACCUCGCUGUCACCCUCAUCCGUGUCCUGACUAUGGCUAUCCGAGCCGUCAUCUCCCUCGUCCUCCCCAUCCGAGUUUGCAUCCUCAUCAUCGUCGCUAAAGGAUUCCUGCACCUUCUCAGAACUGCACUCAUAACAAACAACAUACCUAUACCGCUCUCCUCUUGAGCGCGGCUUGCAACUUUGUGACCUUUGUCUAUGCAAUGAUGCGUUGUCGUCAGCGAAACAGUGGUUACCUUUAUAGGCUUCACUUUGAGCAUCCAUACCUUUUUGAAUUUGUUCCUUCCGCCGUCGAAUCCGCACCAUGCGUGCUGUAACACUGGGCCGCC